UCUAGUCACUCGAGUAACACCGGGACUGCCGAUUCUUAAACCCUAGCUAACCCCUCGCCGGAAACCGCCGCCACCCGCCAUGUCCUCCAAGGGCAAAAAGAAGAAGCCGGCGGCGUCUCCGCAGCCGUCACCUCGCACCCCUCCCUCUCACGCCCGCGACGGUACCGGCGGCUACGCCUUCGACUUCCCAUCCAUCGCUGCCGCGGCGGCGGCUCGGUACCCGGCGCUCGUGCCCGGCGGAGGCGCCGGCAGUUUUGCCGGCCCCAUCGCCGAUGUGGUCCCCAGGGGCGGGAGCCGCGGUCCCGAGGGGAGGCUCUGGCUCUCUGAGCCCGCCAUGGUCGGCGCCGGGCUGCGCCCUGGGUGUCUCGUCUCUGUAUCACUCAUUUCUGACAGUCGGAAUGGCUUCCCACUUGAUAGUUUAUUUGAGGAAUGCAAUAGAUUCUUUGGUCUUGAUGUGGAAAAUGAUCUCAUGUCUAAUGAAGCUGGGAUGAAUUUUGUGAUUGCCACUAUUUUUCCUUCACGUGAGGUUCAAAAGAAUGGUAUCAAGCUCUCUUGGGAUAUUUCCUGUAUGCUGGGAUACCCUUCAGUCGGUCGUUCUUUGUUUAUUAGCCCCAUAUAUACAUCUCAAGCCCAAAAACAAAUUGAUGGUGGUGAGAUUUUGUGGCAGAUAAGAUGUUGCGAUCUUUACCUUAGACUAAUUUCCCCAAAAGUUGGAUCAUCUGGCAAUGAUAAGUCAGAGUCGGAUAGUCAUGCUGUAAAAAGUUUGAUGGUUAUGGAGUCACCUAAGAAGAUUCCUUCAACUCCACGUAGGAAUGAAUCCCUUGAUUCUGCCUCUAACAGUGGUUCUUCAUUAUUGUUGGACCAAGCCACUGCAAAAUCAGCAUUAGCAGAUGAGAAAAUUAAUGAUUUGCUGCAGACUUGUGCAACACGGUGGCUCCAUGGUAGGCACUUGUUGAAAGGAAACUAUGUUCCUCUCUCAAUGUGUGGGAAAUUAUCUAUGUUUGUAGUUUCACACGCAGAAAUAGAUGGUUCUGCCCUGGAUGCAGUGCAUCUGGAAAAGAAUUCAUUGUCUAGUGUGGAGUUCUCUCCUAAAUUGGGAGAAUCCCUUGCUUCAUUCCUCGUUGACAGAACCACAAAAGUGCACCUUUCUGGUUUGUCCUGUUCAGAGGAGCUUGGAUCAGAUAAGAUAGGGUUCACAUCAAAAUAUUCCCCACAUGCUGAUAUAGAAAAUGAAGAUUCACAUCAUGAUCCAAGGCUUGGCGGGUUAUCUAAGGAGUUGAAAAAACUAAAAGAAAUGAUUUCAUUUUCAUUGGCAGAUCAAAUUGGUUUGCCAAGGCAUUGUUUGGAUGAUUUCCCAAGGUACAAAGGUGUUCUUCUUUAUGGUCCACCUGGAACGGGGAAAACCUCUCUUGCUUCUUCAUGUGCCUAUAAUGCAGGGGCCAACCUUUUUACAAUCAAUGGACCAGAGAUCAUUACUCAGUAUCACGGUGAAAGUGAACAGGCAUUGUAUGAUAUUUUCAGUUCAGCUAAGCAAGCGGCACCUGCUGUGAUAUUUAUUGAUGAAUUGGAUGCAAUUGCUCCAGCCAGGAAGGAUGGGGGCGAGGAGUUAUCUCUAAGAAUGGUUGCCACUCUGUUAAAACUUAUGGAUGAGAUAGGCCCUAAUGACCGUGUUAUCCUGAUUGCUGCUACAAAUCGACCCGACAGUAUUGAUCGUGCAUUACGACGUCCAGGAAGAUUUGAUCAAGACAUUGAAAUAGGAGUACCAUCUCCAGGACAGAGGUUGGACAUACUUCAUCACCUUCUAACUGGAGUUCACCAUUCUCUCACAAGUGAAGAAGUUGAGUCCCUUGCUUUUGCCACUCAUGGAUUUGUGGGUGCUGAUCUGGCGGCACUCUGCAAUGAGGCUGCAUUGAGUGCUCUUCGCCGUUAUGUCAGUGUAAAAGAAAGUUCAACUCAACUACUUAGUGAUCAUGCCACCAGUACAGAAAAGUCUAAUGGUCGAGGGAUAGAUGGAGUUUUGGGGUGUGAAGUUAGCUCAUUAUCAUCAUCUCUCUCAAAGUUAACCAUGUCAACGAAGGAUUUUCCGCCUAUCAGUAAGGGCAAUAGCACUGAAAGUAGCGAGCCUGAUGAUAAGGAAGAUGAAUUGCUAUUGUUAGUGACUAAAGAGGACUUCGAAAAGGCCAAAAUUAAAGUUAGACCAAGUGCAAUGCGUGAGGUAAUGCUAGAGCUUCCAAAAGUACGAUGGGAAGAUGUUGGUGGCCAAGCCAGAAUCAAGCAGCAGUUAAUUGAAGCCAUCCAAUUGCCACAGAAAUGCCCAGAAGCGUUUGAACGCAUAGGGAUCCGUCCUCCUAGAGGAUUGCUAAUGAUUGGACCACCAGGUUGCAGCAAGACAUUGAUGGCUCGAGCUGUAGCCUCUGAAGCAAAAAUGAAUUUCCUUGCAGUUAAGGGUCCUGAACUUUUUAGCAAAUGGGUCGGUGACUCUGAAAAAGCAGUAAGAUCACUAUUUGAGAAGGCGAAAUAUAAUGCACCGGCAAUAUUAUUUUUUGAUGAAAUAGAUGGGCUUGCGGUAACUCGUAGCCAUGGAAAUAGUGGCAUCUCUGUUGCUGAUAGGGUACUCGCUCAGUUGCUGGUGGAAAUGGACGGUUUGGGCCAGAAUGUUGGUGUUUCUGUUAUUGCAGCUACAAAUCGCCCUGACAAAAUUGACAUUGCACUUCUGAGGCCAGGUCGUUUCGAUAGACUGCUUGACGUGCAACCACCAGAUGAAGUUGAUCGUGAAGAUAUUUUCCGGAUUCAUACACGCAGUAUUCCAUGCAGUCAUGACGUCAGCUUAAAUGAACUUGCUAGGCUUACGGAAGGCUACACUGGUGCAGACAUAAAGCUUGUCUGCAGGGAAGCUGCUGUUGCUGCGCUUGAUGAGAACUUUGACAUUCUGGAAGUAUCAUCUAUACACUUCAAGUCGGCAAUCGACCGGGUAAAACCUUCAGAUAUGAAGUUUUACCAAGAACUCGCGGCGCAAUUUCGCCGAUUGGUUGAUGACACAGCGAAAGCAACAAUGCUGGGAGAACAUACAGGACCUGCCAUUUCAUAGCCCAUAAGAUCUUUUUAUCUGUUAAAAGGUUCCCUGUUCCACUAAGGCACCAAUCCUAGAAGCAAUCAGCAAAUACUGCAAUCAUCAUGUCUGGCAGCAGUCAUGCUGCUAUGGUACUGGUUAUGGGAUGGAGCCGGCAAAUGCACAGGAAUGGGCGUUGUUACUUUUGUCUGCAGUCGUUUUAUCUUCAUGGGGUUAAUGUUUCUUACAUGGACACUUGUGACAAAGUUUGUCCAUGUUCAGCGGUGUGAUCUUGUCAGCACUUUCUGCAGCUUGAGUUUUUUGGAGACUAGUAGUCCAAGUCCGAUAGUUGCAUCUAGAGGUUUACUGUACUGAUGUUGUGUAGUCCUCAAAAGCAAGGAAAAGAUAAUAGAAAUUGGCUAUUCAGCCAUUUUUGCUAGUUGAUAGAAUGCAUUAUUUAUCCGUGGAAUGUUCAUUCCUCUGCUAUUUUGGUGCCUGGAGAUUGAACAAUUCUUCUGCUUGUUUUUGUUGUAAAGAUCGUUAAAUGCGGGACACUUCAUUCAAAUUUGUGCGUGUUUAUACU